AUGUGCUGGUUCUAUGGGUUUGUUUACAUUUGGACGAAUGUCGUCGUGUGUUUGGCCUCUAACCAGUGUCUGUAUACGGGCGGCCACUGUAAGGACAGAACCAUCUCCACUAAUGGCACAUUCAACAUUGCGAUCGUUGCGAACAUGCACGAGACUUUCGCGGGUAGAUAUUGCGGGAACAUAUCGCCCCAGGGGUUCCAGACCGCGAUGGCCAUCGAAUGGAUUACAAAUUUGGUGAACAGUUAUUACAUGCCUGGGAUACCUCUGGGGUUCGAAAUUUAUGAUGAUUGUGGACUUCCCGCUUUGGCCACCGACGCCAUCAUCGAUAUCAUUCCCGAUGGAAAACCAGCAGAUCUUGUGUCGUGUGAUAUCACGUCAUCAAGCACAUCAACAUUUACAGGAGUCCUUGCUAUGACAUCUGUUGAAUCUUCUGUCGCCUUAUCGGAUAUCGUGGGACGAAACAUUCCCUUCAUUAGUGGGCAUGCGCGUUCUCCGACCUUGGAAAUGAAAGACAAUAUCCUGUUUACCGUGCCGUCCAUAAAGGAAGAAGUAAAGGCAGCUUAUCAACUGAUGCAGACAUUGAGAUGGUACUAUAUUGUCAUUCUGCAUACAGACGAAGACAUUGGAAAACUCUAUCUUGAAGAAUUUGAAUUACAACGAAAACAGACAAAAGUCUGUAUAGGAGGGAUCAAAGAGAUUGCUAUUAAAUAUGCAGACGACGUGAACGUGGUGAAAGCUGAGGUCAAACAAUUGAUCAAUUAUCUGGAAAAUCAACAAAGUCACACUCUUAAUGAAAAGAUGGGGGUUGUGUAUUUGGGAGGAACAAUCGCGGCCAGGCAUAUCAUUCAGAGCAUUAUUGACGAGAAGAGCACACAGGCUAGGAAUCUACAGUGGAUUAUGUUGGCAAAUAUCAAAACAGAUUCGGAGGUUAUCUCAAUGAUUCAGACAUCAGCGGAAAGAAACGAUAAAUUAAAUAUAUUUCUGGUAGCAGUUUCACCGCACGGUUUUGUCAAAUUAAACACAUUUAAAGAUUUUUUUAUUGAUAUAUUAUCAAGUGGCGAUCCCGAUGGAAGAUACUAUCCUUGGUUUGAAAAAUACAAGUCCAGAGUUUACUCCAACUGUUUACCUAACUGUAACCGACAGGCCCUGGAGCAAGGUUACCAACAGGAUAUCAACUCGGUUAGUGCAGUAGUAGCCGUCCUGGCUCUGGCCUCCGCCAUCAAAAGUGUGCACUCUGACCACUGUGGGGACGAGAUUGGUGUGUGUCCUAACCUUCAGAAAAAGAAUUUACAUGUACUGGUCCGAGACAAAUUAAAAUCUACUUCGAUCAAUCUUACUUCCAGUUCCACCUUCUUACCACAGGAAUUGUCCUCUCUGGAUACUUCUAUCCUGACAGUGGACCGACAUUUCCACAUAGACGGGACAACCAUGGUUAACUUCUUCAAAUACAACAGCACCAACACCAGAGUGAUAUUCGAUAAGAUUGGAAAUCCAGGAACGAAUCUCCAUCUUGGAAAGGACAUGUUCUCAAUAUGUAAAGACCAGUGUAAUGCGUGUAUUCAAGAAGAAGAGGUCCAGUUCGCUUAUGUGGACGGUGAUAUCCUUAUCCUGGGAUUGUUCUCUAUACGAGAGGCCGAUGGUAACUUUGGGUGUGGAGGUUUUAGAGAUGACGACCAGGCCAUUGUCACAGCGCUAGCUUUUAUACAAACUAUCAAACAGUUAUCGCCAAUAGGCGGGAAACGAAUCGGGGGAUUAGCAUUUGACGACUGUUAUGCAUCACUGAACACUUCUAAUUUCUUAACAGAGUUAUUUAGUGGAAAGAAAACACUAAAAUAUAAAACAUCGACAUCUGAACAAAUCAUAGACAUGUCUAAAGUCCGAUUUGCUGUCGGUGCUGUAUCGAGUGACGUCACUCUCCUUGUUGCUGAUCUUUUAACACAUUUGAAUAUACCUAUGGUCUCUUAUGGUGCUUCCUCUGCCUUUUUGGACAACAGACGCAUCUAUCCGUACUUCCUCCGGACUGUUCCGAGCGAUAAACUCCAAGUUGAUGGAAUUGUUGAUAUUCUAACCCGCCUGGAUUUUUCCUUCGUUGGUGGUAUCUAUUUGGAUGACGCCUACGGGUACAAUGGGAUACUGGAUGUUGAACAGAAGGCUAGUGACAAUGGAAUAUGUAUCAUCGACAAACAAAUGGUCACUAGUAACUACCAGAGUUAUCCUCAGAUUGAGCAGACAUUAAGGCAGAACGUAGUCAAGGUGGUUGUAUUUUACGGCAUUUCUACAGUUGCCAAGGAGAUGCUGGACAACUUCGAUAACCCGUAUGUAUUUAUCGCCAGCGAGGCAUGGGGUAAAGACCCAGACCUCAUCACACAACAGACGGGUUCGAAAAGUAGAGGGUCUCUGGUGUUUCAAACAGACACAACGCACCGCACAGAUCAUCACCUACAGACAUAUCUGAUGUCUAUUUCGCCCAAGAAUGAUACAGGUCUACCUUGGGUAGAAAAAUUAUGGGAAAAUCUCUUGGAAUGUGACUUUCCUUGGUCAACUGACAAGAAAUACACAGGCAAACCCGAGUGUCCAAUGACCGCUAGAAUAAAUCAGACUUUUGCAUCUUAUUUAAGCGAUUAUCAGCGCGUGAUGCACGUGAGUCAUGCUGUCAACGCGAUUUGGAAAGGAUGUAGUGUAUCGCCCAAAUGCUUAACUUCAUCUAUUGACAGAGUAUUUGCUCAGCAGUUAACGAACUCUAUCAAAAACGUUCAGCUUACAGCGAUCGACGGCAAGCCCUUCAAACUCUUCAGAGAAGAUGGGAACGGCUGCAUGGGCCUUUCGAUAUUUAACAUACAACAACAAUCAGACAACAAAUACGUCUAUAAACAGGUUGGGAUGUAUAGUGAGGAGGGACAUCUCAAUUUAGAAAUGGACCAGAUACAAUUUUACGACUCGUUUGGGCAGCCAUUGCAAAUCCGCGGUGUUGAGGCUACGUGUAAACCUGAUUUGUGUCAGGGUAUCUGCCAGUUUGCGCCAAUUACCCCCAACACGACAAUGGUCCCAGCCACAGAAAGACCUGUCACUCCCACACCUUCCCCCGAAGACGGCUCCAUUAGAACUGAUAAUAUAGUGAUGGGUGUUGUAAUUGGGCUGAUGUUUGUCAUCCUUAUUCUCCUCAUUUUGUUGCUCUUCCGUCAACACAAUACCAAUAGAGAAAUGUCCAUUCAGAAAGCAUCUAUACAAAGCCAUCAUACUGCCAGCAUGCGAAGUUUGGAUAAUAUGUACGAAGAAGUAGGAAGCUCGCGUGGUACUUCAAAUCAAGGUUUCGAAAUGAAUAAUUUCAAUUCAAGGGACUUUAGGGAUGGGUCGUUUGGUAAGCCUAGCGGCAGCUUGACCAAACAGUCUUCCUCAAUUGAGUAUUCAGAUGUGGUACAGAGUCUUCCUGAUCUAACAAAACCAACUGUCCCACGAACGGCUUCAUCAUCAGCUUCCGGUUCCGGAGGUGACGCCAGUAGUGUUCCUUCUAGAGGAAGUCGGGCUACCGAGAAAAACAGUUCGGCAAUGUCAGAUACUUCUGGUGCCUCAAGUCUGGGAGACCGUAAACAUCUGACUUACGUUACAGCUGGAGACCUUGCCUUGGUUGAUGAGGACGUGCUCGCAACUCCUCCCCCGAGCUACUUGGAGCUGGAUGAAGAGGCGGGCGCAAACCAACCCCAGCCACCUGAAAAUAUACCACUGCCGAUAACCUCUGGGAAUGUGUACAGGCCUGACCGACCUCAAACUCUUCCUGGGAUAAGUGCUCACCAGCUUUCUAAUACUCCAUUAGUUCUUUCCCCUAAUACACAUUUACAUUAUCCCACACAACAUGCUCAUUCAGCAGAGCAGUUACAGUCGAUGUAUCUUCAUGCAUUACCACAGAGCCAUCCGUCUAAUGUUCCACAGAACCAACCGUCUAAUGUUCCACAGAACCACCCGUCUAAUGUUCCACAGAACCAUCCGUCUAAUGUUCCACAGAACCAUCCGUCUCAUGUUCCACCGAACCAAUUCCUACCUGUAAGCCAUGCUGUUAAUCCGAAUCAGUUAUACCUGUUGGCGAACAAUCAAAACCGUGAAUCAGUCCUAUAUUUAGAUCCAGUACCAACACCACAAAAUGUUAUGCGUAAUGGAGGACAUGCUCCUCAAUCAAGUCCUUUAGUGAUAUUUGACAAGAAUGGCGUCCCCCGUAUAUUUACAGAAAGUAAUUUAUCACAACACAUAAGCGACCCUCCCGUUACUGUUUCAUCACAUCAAAGACCAAUUCCAAUGGCACACUUCCCAACAGAAAAUAAACAUACGGCCGCAGAACCAGGUCAAACGGACAACAAGUUACAUCAGAGUAUAGUCCCUUUGCAACAUCCGGUAUCUCCAAUAGAACAAAAUGGUAGUCCCAGACAACAAGGAUCCAUUCCCUCUACUAUGUCUUCUAAUGUUCACCGCCCUGUGCCAAGGAAGUCCUAUUCGUCCAGUGGAAGUGGUUCAACCUCUCAUCUCUCUCCUUCCUUUCUAGAUGAUGACGAUGGGGAGGUUAUUAUCAUAUAA